AGAGAGAAAGAUAAGGACACGGUGGCUCUAACAGAGUCUACAGAGAUAUGUGUGGAGAGGAUGUGGCUUUCCCCUUUACUUUCAGUGCUGCUACUUGAGCUGAUCCACCGGAUGGUUAUAGUCCCCCCCCUUCUAGCUUUAAAUGUAGUGUUUGCGCGAACAUAUUAUACUGACCGGGACCGGGAAUCUUCUGCUGACUUAUCUGUCGAUUGUUUGGCGGGUUUCACGGGGGGAACCUGUCCUGGAUCGGUGUGAGGCGUUACAGCCGGAGCGACAUGAGCGCAGGAAAACUUCUGAGGCUCCGGAUGGACGUGCCUGUCAUCAUUUUGCUCAUCCACUUGACCCGCACUGAGAUUAGAGCUCUGGUGGCCAGCAGCCAGGUGGAAGAAGAGACGGGAUGCCCCCUCGGCCAGUUCCCAUGUGGGAACAUGAGUGAGUGCCUCCCUCAGGCUCUGCAGUGUAACGGACACAGAGACUGUCCCAACGGAGCCGACGAGCGGCGCUGUGGGGACAACAUCGGAUGGGCGGACUUAUUUGGUCAAACUCUACAGAAUGCAAAUCCUGUGGACCAGUACUUCCUGAAUGAGUGUUUUUUGCAGGAGUAUCCAGAGAGUUGUGACUGCAUACAGACAGAUGUCAGUUGUGUGGAGGUGAAUCUGCAGGAUGUUCCUCUGCUCUCUCCAAACGUGACCUGGCUGUCACUGAGGAGCAACGAGAUCCGAGGGUUGUUGGAUUUUGUUUUCUCUGAAUACUCUGCCCUACAGAGACUGUUUCUUCAGAACAACAGCCUCCACUUCAUAUCCCAACAUGCCUUCAGCGGCCUGCACGGUUUAAAGAAGUUGUUUCUCAGUGAGAACUUGAUAUCCUCCCUCAGUCCCGGUGUGUUCAGGGAUCUGCAUGAACUAGAGUGGCUGGUUUUGGAUCACAACCCACUGAGCAUCUUGUCCCAGGACACGUUCAUUGGGCUCCAGUCGCUCAUGUAUCUGUCCAUGGUGGACACCGCACUGCAGCAGCUUCCUCACCCGAGCUUCUGUCAACACAUGCCUGCCUUGGUCUGGCUGGAUCUUGAGGGAAACAUGAUUCAAACUCUCAACUACUCUAUCUUGAAGACCUGCAGCAAGCUUGAAGUUCUAUUGCUGAUGGACAACAGGAUACAAACGGUUCCUGAAAACACCUUCCAGUCUCUGUGGAAACUGGCUGAACUGGAUCUAUCCAGCAACAGGAUCAGGGAGCUGCCAAAAAACACCUUUAAGAGCCUUUCCAAGUCGCUCCUCAAACUAAACAUCUCCCACAAUCCCCUUCUCCUAAUUCACCCCAGCCACUUCCACCACCUGGCGCAUCUUCAGUCUCUGGCGCUGGAAGGGAUAGAGAUCCCAGAUAUUCAGACUAAGAUGUUCCUGCCAAUGAAAAACCUGUCUCACAUAUACUUUAAGGAGUUCCAGUACUGCUCUUACGCACCUCACGUCAGGUCCUGUAAGCCCAACACAGAUGGCAUCUCAUCCUUUGAGGACCUGCUGGCUAAUAUAGUGCUGCGGGUGUCCGUCUGGGUCAUGGCCUUCAUCACCUGCUUCGGUAACCUCUUGGUCAUCGGCAUGAGGUCACUGAUACGAGCGGAGAACAAUCUGCAUGCUGCUUGCAUCAAAGUGCUCUGCUGUGCAGACUGCCUCAUGGGUGUGUACUUGUUUUUUGUUGGAGUGUUUGAUGUAAAGUUUCGCGGGCAGUACAAUCGUAACGCCCUGCUCUGGAUGGAGAGCGUAGAGUGUCGGACCAUUGGAUUCCUGGCCAUGCUCUCCUCAGAGGUGUCUGUUCUCCUCCUGACCUACCUGACUAUGGAAAAGUUCCUGGUGAUCGUCUUCCCCUUCAGCAAUCUGCGCCCGGGCAAACUUCAGACUGGGGUGGUCCUGGCCUCUAUCUGGUUACUGGGGUUCAUUAUUGCUGCUGUGCCCCUAAUGAAUGAGGACGUGUUUGGAAAUUAUUAUGGACGUAACGGAGUCUGCUUCCCCCUGCACUCUGACAGGCAAGAAAAACCUACUGCCAAAGGAUAUUCCACAGGGAUUUUUCUGGGUCUGAACCUGGUGGCAUUCCUGGUGAUCGUCUUCUCCUACUCCAGCAUGUUCUACUCCAUCUAUAAAACUGGCAUCAAUGCGACAGACCUGAGGAGCAGACUUCACAGAGAUGUGGCUGUGGCCAACAGGUUUUUCUUCAUAGUGUUCUCUGAUGCCCUCUGCUGGAUUCCUAUAUUCCUGGUGAAAAUCCUCUCACUGUUGAAGGUGGAGAUACCUGGAACCAUCUCCAGCUGGGUGGUCAUCUUCAUCCUUCCCAUCAACAGCGCCUUGAACCCCAUCCUUUACACCUUGACCACCAGCUUCUUCAGAGAGCAGGUGGAACUCUUACUCUGCCGUUGGCAGAGGAGACACAUCUUGAAAAAAGACCGCAAAAGCCUCACCUCCUCCACAAUCUUCAUGGAGAUGUCACGGGCUCCUUGCUACCAGCAGCCAGCCUACCUCCAGCGGGUGUCGCUGACCGGCGCAGAUCCUCGCUACGCCUGAGGGAGGCCGCAACUUUCUUGGUAAACUACGGGUCGAGGGUCUAAAACUGCUAGAUCUUACGUGACAGUUGCACUAGUACUGAGUUUGGCUUCCAACUGGAACAAGAUAAACAAUCACUGAGCUGUCUCUUUCUGUUCUGACAUGCUCCACAUUUUGUAAAAAAAUUACAACAAUUAGAUGCUUUUGUCCAAAGCAGUUCACCAUUUUUCUUCAGUGUCUCCUUCCAGGGAGCCAGAGAUCAAACCACCAACCAACCCACAUGAGCUACAGUCGCUUCCAUGCUUUCAUGCUUAUGUGGCCAUACAUUUGAUAUUGUUCCAGGGGAACAUAUACAACAACAAAUAGGAAUAGCAAAGAAAGGUGGAUGGAUGAAAGAAUAAAUACCAGCACAUAGUGUACAGUGACGUAAUAUGUCUUAAGUCAAGCAAGAUUCAGUUGUUUUGGUCGGAUUUUGGAGCUGGAGCAGGAGAAGGAACUGGGAGACCAGCAACAAAACGUCUCACAGACUCCAUUUUCUAUGGAGUGACUGGAGGAUGAAGCUCGCUGAGUCACAAAUGUGAAGCUCAUCAGAUGCUGAGCUGAUAGAUUCAAGGAUUAAUGGUUUCAGUCUCAACAAAAUCAAAGAAUGACUCUUGGACUGCACAAAAUGUAGCACUCCGACAUUCUUUAUGGAAUUAUAAAGCUUGCUUGCAAAUGAAAAUGAAAACCAGCUGUUUAAUUUAAUGUGAGCAAAAAUGAAUACAUAUUUGAAAUCCAAAUGCUAAAACCCAGCUUUAGCAUUUUUUAUUUCAUCCAAAUGCAAAUGCAAAGUCAACUUUACAUGUCAUUACAAUAUCUUCCAUGAGAAAAUUCAGAUUCAAAUGAAUGCAGUUAACGUUAUGUGCUUACUAUGCUAUCCAAACAAUCCAUUACAGUUAUGAUGCCCUCUGCUUCCUCUCACUGUAUUUCUGCUAUUCUUAUUCUGUCUUCUCCUUCUGGUAAUUUCUCAUGCUCCAUCAGAUGUUGGGUUUACUGGCCUUAUUAGCUUUUCCGGUUGGAUUUAAUUUUGAAUACGCCUCGUCUAGAUUCUCCUCCUCACAAGAAUGUAGAAAUGAAGCCGCAAAGGAAGGAGUUAAUUUGCAUUUAGGCAGGUUUGAUGUAUAUAUCCAGCAAAAUUAUUAUAUAAAUGCAACAAAUGUUUAAUUCAUGAAACAAAUCUGAUUAUGAAAUGUUUAAUGGCACAUUAACUGAUAAUGUUUUACACAAAUUAUGAUUUUAUUAAUGAUAAAGUUUAAAUAGUUUGUCCAUUAAUUAAAUUUUUGACAGGUUUGUGUUGAAGGGCAGAAGAACAUUAAAAUUUCCCUACCAACAUUAUACUAAAUGUCGUGGUAAAACAAAAAAAGAAAGAAAAUGACUAUGUAAACUGGGCUUUUGCAUUUGCAUUAUGUCAAAACAUAAAAAUUAAAUCUAAUUAAAAAUGUGAAUGCUAAUGAAUUAUAUAACUGACUUGAAACUGAUGCCUAUUUUUGCUAUAUUUUUUUUAUGUUGUGCUGACAUAAGGGGGAAUAAUCUGAAUUUUUCAUCACUUGUUUGUUACAUUUCAUUUUGCACACUCCAUCUACAUCCACAUCAUGUGCUCGGACUAUUUAGGAACCUGAGCCGAUAUGCUGCAGCAUUUUGAUACUGUUAAAUCAUACAUUUUUUUUUUAUGCAGACCACCUGAGUUUGUGACUGACCUGGACUGGAUUAAUUAUUGUUUGAAUCACUUUUAAUUGACUAAUCCAUACGGGAAUUUGUUUGAUUUGUUCCAGUUUUGCUGGAUAUAUAUGUAUAUAAUACAGUAUGGUUUUUCUUUAAACUGUCCUUUACUUUAAUUCAAUAGCAGUUAUCAACAACUGAAUGAUGGUGAAAGAGGAACAAGACAAUGGAUGUUAUGAAGAGAUGGGAUGUCACAUUUCUGCAAAGGAACCCCCUCUGAUGAAAUAAGGAUUAUCAUUCCCUAUUAGGCUGUGAAGAUGUGCAUAUAUUUGUUUUUGUUGUAUAAUAUUUGGGACAGGAGAGGGUCUUGUCAGCUUAUGUUCCUUAUAUCAUUGUGUUUAUUGAAGACAGGUUGGAAAAUUAUGUGUUUAAUUGUCUCCCCACAGAGAUGACACUUUGUCUGAAAAAAUAAAGUAAAGAAAACGGAUGGGAACAAACUUAUAUAUAAGUAUUUUUGCCCUUUUUUGUGAACAAUAAGAAACGGAUAAAAGCUUCCUGUAACCUAAAAAAGAACACAGCAAAAAUAAGAUAAGCCGGGAUGUAAAUUCAGAGGAACAAAGCUGACAAAGUAAUUAUUUUCUAAAAUUAUUAAAACGACUAAAAAAACUAAUUCAAACACCCAGCGGAGAACUGAACUGCCCCACUUCCUUGUCUCUUUCAUCUGUUUUUCUGAAAAGACAUAAUAGCAGUUUAUAAUAGAGUUUUCUAUUCAUAUUCCAAUCUAAAUGGACAUCUUGAUGUUGCACGGGACAGUAGCAUUUUAGCAGGUUCUUAUUUUAAUCCAGAUAAAACUCAUCAUUUUAUUCAACACUCCAUUUCCCAUGAGCUAUUAAGACCUCAUGAGAGCUGUUAGUUGUUUAAUGCUGCCAUAUGAGCAUUAAUAAGUAAUGCGAUCGCAUGUUAAAUAGAAAUGUAUUAAUUAAGCGUAGUCCAUUGAGUUAUGGAUAAUGACAUUAAGAGGUUUGCAAGUAAGAUCAGUAAGAGGAGUUAAUGGACUGAGAAUUUAAAAAUGUAGACUAAAUAUGUGACAGUAAAGUUUUGGUCUUCCGUUGUACCAUUAAGAGGCAUCUGAUGGUUCCCAAAUUCAUUCUGAAGCAUGACAAUGACCCCAAAAGUGUACCAAGGAGAAGUUGUGGUGUUUUAAAGACAAAGGGUGAUUACACCAAAUACUGAUUUUACUUUGUUUUGUUUUUGUUUACCUUGUUGCAAGCAAAUUGAUAAAUGAAAGCUAUUCAUGGCAUUAUCUUCAACGCAUUCUCAAAUUUGCAGAGUACUUUUAUGUUUAAAUAUGUGGAAUUUGAUUUUAAAAAGUGCUCACUUUAUGAAAUAAAGUGCUGAUUUUGAUGUGUGCCUCUUAGGCAUAUUAAACCUUGGCACAAAUUCAUUGUCAAGAGAAGAGGCUGAUUAUUUCAUCUCGUCAUUUGUUUGUGCAGCUGUUUGUGGUAAACGUGUCUGUUAUCACGCUACAACAUGUCUUUUCUGUUUUCUUCCCACAUUUCUUUCAUCACUUAUUUUGGCUGCACCUGCGGCGCUCAGCAUCCUUCCAUGGCAGGUGCCCUGCCCUUGGACCAAGGUGCGCCCCUAGCGACACGUUGAUGGACACAGCGGCCAACCAAUAGGAAACGUCCCUUGCCUCAG